GGUUGCUCAGUCAUUCUGCUUCCGGCCACGGUCGUGAAAGGACGUAGGAUGGCUGGCUCUUCGCGAGCUGUGAUAACGGCCGAUUCUGGCCGCGGAACAUCGUUUUUGGACGGCCUGAAAGAUUACAGGAUUGUACUGCCGCCGCUGCCAACCGGAGAAGGACUGAAAACAAUGGUUGUUCUUCACUGCGACACCGCUGGAAGGCCUUACAGGAUAGAAGAUUUCCGCCAGCCGAUGAAAGAAGCCGGCGUCAUUGAACAGGUGGGCGGUAUCGGAGCGUACCAGAUGUCGCACGUCUGGUUAGUCAACUUCCGUAGUGAAGAAGCCAAGAAAAAGUUGCUCGACAUCGGGCAUAUUGUUGUUAAAGGGAAGACUUGCGUUGUCUUUGACCCUGAAAGGCAGGAAGUGCGGCUGAAGGUGCAUUGGUGUGCCUUCAACGUCAGCAACGAAACUCUGAGGCGGGCGUUCGCCGAGUACGGCGAAGUGAAAGAAGUUUCGAGCGAUAGAUGGAAGACCGGCGGGUUUGAAAACGCCGACUCGACCACUCGUGUUGUGCGGCUGGUUCUUCGAGAAGGUGCAAGCCUCGAGCGCAUACCCCAUCAGCUGCGUAUCGGGAACGGUACAGUAUUAGUCGUCGUGCCCGGGCGUGCGCCGAUAUGUCUCCGCUGCCGCAACACAGGCCACAUUAGGCGGGACUGCAAGGUGCCCAAGUGCAGCGAGUGCCACGCCUUCGGGCAUGAAGAGGCUGAAUGCACGAAGUCAUACGCCCGCGCCGCGACUCGAGGAACAUUCGGCGAUAAUAGUGAGCUGCACAUGGACGAGGAUGAAGCUGAGCAAGCUGCCUCCAACCCAGUGGUCGAGAGCCCAACGGCCGCAGCGCUGAGCGAUGAAAAGGAAGGCGCCAUGCCAGGGACUCGUGAGUCAGCGCCCAGCACCCCCAAGUCGGCAACCACGAGCAUGGAUACCAAUUCAUCGCAAGAUAUUCCACGCCCUUCUGAAAAAAGCAACGAGGAACCCAUGGAGUCUGACCCUGCGGCUGCGAAACGACGCCACGACGAUGUCAGUGCAAUGAGCCAGGAGCAACGAUUGCGUCUCCUAGACCGCCAGUGGGGCGUAGGUGAAGGGAAAAAGCAGCGUGUCACCAGCGGGCAACGAUCGUCGUCGCUUCCUCGCGACGACAACCCGAAGACCUAAUAAUGGAGGGACGGCACUACACGGCGCGGCGUUGUGCGCAUGAAGGUAAGCGCCGUACUGGCGGCCUGGUCUUGCUUAACGAUGGCGGCAUUUGAAAGACACCUCGUAGUAGCCACGCUUAAUGUCAGGGGUCUUUCAUCCAGGAGGAGGCAAAAUCAGCUGCUGAGACUCGUGACUGAGCAGGAAUUGGAUAUUGUAGCGAUACAAGAGACCAAAAUCGAGAGUCAAGACCAGACCGACAGAAUGGUGCUCUCGUUCAGUAGUCGGUAUGAUGUUUGCGUGUCUCAUGCCGUGGGUACCUCGGCAGGUUGCAUGCUGUUGAUUCGCCAGUCUCUGGGAGCGAUUGUGGAAAGAGUUGAGACUUGCGUUUUCGGUCGAUGGAUUGUCUGUGACAUCACACUUGCUGGUGUGGAAUUGCGUAUUAUCUGUAUUUACGCACACACUAACACGGAAGAGAGGCGAAACCUUUUUGAGACAGUCGGCAACCAUUGUGACACAGACCGUCUGCUUGUCUUACUUGGCGAUUUCAACUGCGUAAGCAUGGCACGCGACAAAACCAGUGCGACGCCCUACCGAGAUGCGA